AUGACGGCGAUGCAAUCUCCACGACGGCAUUGCGACCUCGAGUCCGUACCUACUGGCCAAAACUACUUGACAACAGUACCGCUGUUCAUCGCGCGACGGCUGGGCGAGACGGGCGCCAAGUACCGCUGGUUCGUGCUCUUCUACCUGCUGCUGAUGUUCUGCGUCAUUCCGCUGGCGGCGCUACUGCUGUCGCUGCUCGGCGACUUGCCGUUCAGCAUCAUCACGGUCGUCGUUAUAGCCGGCGUAAUCCUCACGACGCUCAUCAACGUGCUCCAGGAUAAAUGGCCGGACCUGCUGCCUGUGCUGCUCCAAAAUUGGGACUUCCUGCCCCAGUGGAUGCACUCGCUGGCGCCCAUAGACCGCUUCUUCAAGCGCCACUUGGAGCGCGUGCCUUUCUGCCAGGUCUUCCUCAAUGAGAUGUCCUUCAUCUCCGAACCUCACGCGAACCUUCCCGUCGAAGGUCUCAACGAUUCUCCGUAGAGCCGCCCCCUCCUGUUUGCGUGUGGGCACGUUUCUAGACCCGCUCAGUGUGCGCACCCUGAUUUAAUAACAGCAGAUUGCUUAUCGUCGAAUGAUAUGACAGGCAGAAAGUUUUUUUUUUUAAGUCGUCAUUACGGGGAAGGCUUCACGCAAACACACGUUCAAACAGGCGCGUGUUUGAAGGCUCCUUAGCCUCCACGUAAGCGUUGCGCCACUUGUUUCCGAGUCUCAUGCUAACGUGAGUCCACACUAGACGAAACGCUGGCAAAGUGGCUUGGAAAGAGAUUGAUGCUUCGUAUUGUCCCUUCGUUCAACAGCUGCAAAAAGGAAAGCGAUUAUAGACGAAGUAAGCUGUCAAGACGAGGUACGUUCCACAAACACCCGCGGUUUUUUCGGCAUCCACUCUCGAUGCUUUCCCGUCGAGUUCGUGCAGCAGCUGUUUAAAUGAAGGCUGCAAUAAGACACGAUAUAUUCUGCUAUUGUAAUAACGCGAGCUUUAUCUGAUUGUAUACAUCGCAGCGGUAAUAAAUAUAAACGAUACCUUUGUAGCA